AUGGCCUUGGGUGUGCGCAAAAUGCUUGGGGCUGGCGUGUACAUCCUGGUUGGUGCGGUGGCCAAGUACAUAGCUGGACCAGCGAUCGUCAUCUGCUUCUUCGUGGCUGCCCUGUCUUCUGUGUUGUCUGGGCUCUGCUACGUAGAGUUUGGGGCCCGGGUACCACGCUCUGGUUCCGCGUAUCUCCACAACUACAUCACCAUGGGACAACUGUGGGCUUUCGUCAUUGGCUGGAACCUCAUACUGUACUUAGUGACUGCCACUGCCUGUACCGCCAAGGCCUGGAGCUUCACCUUUGACAGCCUGAUUGGGAACCACAUCUCUCAGGCGUUGCAGGGAACUUUCUCUCUGUACAUGCCCUCUUUCCUGACCACGUUCCCAGACUUUUUCGCCCUGGGCCUGGUACUGCUGAUGACUGGAGCACUGGUUCUGGGAGUUCGUGAGUCAGCCCUGGUUAACAAAGUGUUCACAGGCUUGAACAUUUUGGUUCUCAGCUUCAUCAUCUUUUCUGGCUUCAUUAAGGGGGAUCUGCACAACUGGCAGCUCACAGAAGAGGAUUACAAAUUAAACACAUCUGGAUCCAAUGACACCUCUAGCUUGGGUCCGCUGGGUUCUGGAGGGUUUGUGCCCUUUGGCUUUGAUGGGAUUCUCCAGGGAGCAGCUAUAUGUUUCUACGCAUUUGUUGGUUUCGCUGCCAUUGUCACUAAAGGGGAAGAAGCCCGAAAUCCUCAGCGAUCCAUCCCCUUGGGCAUCGUGAUCUCACUCUUCAUCUGCUUUUUGGCAUAUUUUGGUGUCUCGGCGGCCCUCACCCUCAUGGUGCCCUACUACCGGAUUCACCCUGAGAGCCCCUUGCCGCAGGCCUUUCUCCAUGUUGGGUGGGGCCCUGCCAGAUAUGUCGUGGCUGUUGGCACCCUCUGUGCUCUUACAUCCAGCCUCCUGGGCGCCAUGUUCCCUAUGCCUCGUGUGAUCUACUCAAUGGCAGAUGACGGACUCCUUUUCCGGGGACUUGCCCGUAUUCAUCCCCGCACACGCACCCCCAUCAUGGCCACCUUGGCUUCUGGAACUCUCGCAGGGGUCAUGGCAUUACUCUUCAAGUUCACUGAUCUUGUGGACCUCUUGUCGAUUCAGUCCCUGCUUGCUUACUCCCUGGUGGCCUUUUCUGUCAUUGUCCUCAGGUACCAACCAGAUCAGAAUUUCAGCAAGAAUGAGAAAACAGGGGAGGAAAUUGAGAUGGAGGCUGAAGUUGACAAAAAUCCUUUGGAAUCUGUACCUGAAGCAGGAACCUCAAAGAUUCUCAAGAGCCUGUGUGACCCUCUUGACACCAUCCCCACUCUGGCAUCUGGCCAGAUUGUCUACGGAUGUGCCUUACUGCUUGUUCUCCUGCUGACCAUCCUGAGCCUGGUGCUGGCCCGGUGGCCCAGCCGCGUAUUCUCUGGAGACCCCGUGGCCACAACAGUGGCUGUGCUGCUGCUGCUGCUCAUCGUGGGGGUCACGGUCAUCAUUUGGAGGCAGCCCCAGAGCCCCGCUCCUCUUCACUUCAAGGUCCCUGCUUUGCCUGUCCUCCCCCUGGUGAGCAUCUUUCUGAAUGUUUACUUGGUGAUGCAGAUAGCCUCUGGGAUCUGGGUCCAAUUUGUCAUCUGGAAUGCCAUUGGAUUUGCCAUAUACUUUGGAUACGGGAUCUGA